AUGAAUUCGAACAGGAGCAAGACAGUGAAGCAAUUGCCUCUAUCAGAGGCGUUGAUAGUACUUGAAACCACAAGUAUUUAUGAAGCCUGCUGUCAGAUGGCUGCUCAAAGAGCUGAUGUUCUUGUACUUACUAACUCAGAUGCGUUUCUCACUGGGGUAUUGACGAACAAGAUUGAUUUGGUCAACACACCUGUGUCAAAGGUGAUGACAGAGAACCCAAUUUUCGUUUUGUCUGAUACUCUUGUAGUGGAAGCCCUGAAUUACAUGGUGAAAGAACAAUUUAGACAGUUACCUGUGGUAGAGAAUGGCAAGGUUAUUGGUUUACUUCACCUGCUUUUAUGUUUAUUUGAUGAAACCGCAAAUACUGAAACAAUAGCUGAAAAUUACGACAAGGUUGUAGAAGCUGCAGUGCAAAGAGUCACACAGAGGUAG